CAGUAAUGGUUGCCAAUAUGACGUCACGUUAGCAAACAACAUGAUAGUCAAUAGUACAUAGAUCAGCAACAAAAUUCCAAGAGUUACAAGUGCUUGAACAGAGGUUCAUUUAUUCUCAAAACAAGUAAUUGUCUUCAAAAUGACGUAUAAUUUAAAACGCAAGUAUUACGUUUCUGAAACAGAAUCUUCUGGAGAAGAAAAUAGCGGAGAAAAUAGUGAAGAGGCGGUUUUAAAUUUAAAGGGGGAAUUAAAAAAGAUAAAGUCUAGAGAACGUUCGAAAUGCUACUCAAGAAAUGCAAUUAUGGCCCGAGAAAAUAGACUGAAGAAGAAAAUUUAUAUGCAAAAUCUAGAAAAUGAAAAUAAUCGAUUAAAAUCAGAAAACAGGAGUAUAUCAGCCAAAUUAACAAAACAAUCAGAUGUUAUAAUACAUUUGGAAAGAGAGGUGAACUAUUUAAAGGGUAUUUUGGCCAACAGUUCAGACCUACGUCAGCUAAUGAAAAAUAUCAAUAUAUGUACAGGUAUGUCAGUCACUUCGUCGUUGCAAAACGUUUAUGUUUCUCAGGAAGAGAAAUGCUUUAAUUCUAGUAAGUUUGUUCAUCAAGAAUCAGUAGAUACGAAUUUUAAAACACCCUUGUUGUCAUCAGCAACAGUUCUACCUGAUUAUCAUCAUUCCACUGCUUCUGAAGAUGAUUUAUUCAAAACGUCAGAAUUAACAGAUGAUUUGUCUUCAUGUUUGGAGGAUGGUCUUUUUUCUGAUGUCAUCAUACCUACAAAAAAUUUAGAUUCUGAGCCUGAAGAAUCAAACUGUGAUGCAUUAAAUGAGCACAAUUACACUAUUUCAAAUGAAUUUGAGGAAAGAAAUGGAGGGAUUUGUUUGCAUGUUUCACAACAUCGUGUAUCCUUGGAAUUCUGUUCUAUUUGUAAUGAAAAUGCAGCCCAAGCAUGGAACAAGAAGAGCUAAUCUGGAGUAUAUGGUUGAAGUAUAAUAAAAUGUCUGUAUCUAUUUGUUAUAUUUUUUUUGUGAGCCUUGACUGAGCACUUUUGUGUAUAUUUUUUGACUCAGUUGGGGCAUUUAAAAUGCCUAAAUGAUUGUUUCCUUACACAAUUCAAUUUUCUACUGCCAAUUUUAACUUUUUAGGGGAGCAGUCUUAACUUACGAAGGCAGAUCAACAAGGAUGUAAUGUCCCCAAAUUUAAAAGCACAGGAGAUGUCUGUCAGUAGGUGGUAAUGAAGUCUCCAGAAUUUGGUACAAGUGCGUCAAAAGUAUUAAAAACGUAUCGUUCCAAUUAAAUGUUAUAAAAAGCAAAUAAAAAGUUUUUAAGUUAAUUAUCACAGUAUAAACUCUUGGAUAAUGAAUUUUUUAUUUUUAUGAUAGUAAAAUUGAAAUUAAUAAUUAAAAAUAAGAAAGAAAAUUUGGCAUAUAGUAAUUGCUGUUUAUUGAAUCGUUGGUUUUUUUGUAUGCAAACUG